CCGUCUUCCCCUACUCGCCCAUCGCAAAACCACUGCACAUACAGCAGCAGUCCAGCUUUGCCAACAUGGCUUCCGCCACCACCUUCUACGAUUUCAAGCCCAAGGACAAGAAGGGCAACGAGUUCCCGCUGUCCGACUUGAAGGGCAAAGUCGUGCUUGUCGUCAACACUGCCUCCAAGUGCGGCUUUACACCCCAGUUUGAGGGUCUUGAGAAGCUUUACAAAGAGCUUAAACCAAGCCACCCAGAUUUCGAGAUCAUCGGAUUUCCGUGCAACCAGUUCGGCAACCAAGACCCAGGCAGCGACGAUGACAUCCAGAGCUUCUGCCAGCUGAACUAUGGCGUCACUUUCCCUGUGCUCGGCAAGACCGACGUCAAUGGAGACAAGGCAGAGCCUGUAUGGGAGUGGAUGAAGUCGCGCAAGCCAGGCCUUAUGGGUCUGAAGAGAAUCAAGUGGAACUUCGAGAAGUUCCUCAUCGGAAAAGACGGUGAGGUCAAGCAACGAUGGGCGAGCACAACAGCACCAGAAAAGCUCAAGUCGGCCAUCGAAGCAGAGUUGAAGAAAAGCACACCUACUGCUGCAGAGAAGCCAACACCGACAUCUUGAGCGAUGAAUUCUAUGCGUAACCAGAUUGUCUGGAGAAGAAUGAUAAUAUGUUAGGGCGGCGUACAGAGAUACCCUCAGCUGAAAUCAACACCAUAUUUCGCAGCCA